AUGAGUUGGAAUACUCAACAACUGUGUCCUCCUGGAAAUGCAAUGCAGAACUCCGGUUUUGGUCCCAACUACAUGCCAGCUUUUGACCAAAUGGGCGGAGCCCCCGUUGUUGAUGCCGACAAUCUAUCAGUUAAACACCGCUCACAAGUGACCGGAAGAGAACUUCAACAACUGCUAAGUGUCGCCCACCAAAGCCUCGAUGAAGCCCAAGAACGGUAA